UAGUUGCUUUGUGAUAAUAUGCAGAAGACACCGAGAGUACUCGUUCAUUUAGAAAAGAGAAUUCGACAAAAUGAACGUAUGUGAACCUAAAUAAACUCAGUAAAUUGUUGGAACGGCAAAAGUGUGGCAGCCGAACCUGUUUUCUUUGUUGCGGGCAACAAGACUUCAGUACCGCAUAUUUUUAUUGGAAUGCACUGUAAUGGAAUUUUCGGUGUUUCAACUGGAAAUUAUUCUUGUGUAGCUGCUGUUCACUCCCAAGCUAUUUCAUCUUGUAUAUACAUACAUACAAUUGCAUCUCUCUACAUGCUUACAUAUGCACGUAUGAAACGAAUUACCAUAAAUCGCUUAUGCAGCAACUGCAAACGCCCAUUUCAUUAGCGCCAAUCGAUUUUAAUCUCACAGCGCAACCGCACACGCUAAUAAACCGAGGAAUCAUGGAAUGGACCAACGAUGAAGCUCUUGAACUAAUCGAGCAAUAUCGCAUCCAUACUGAAUUGUGGAAUCGUGCUGAUCCCAAGUACAAAGAUAAAUUAUGUCGCUUCCGAGCGUGGUCAGAAAUAGCGGAACGUUUUGGGUGCAGCAAAGCUGAGGUAGAACGGAAGAUGAAUGUGUUACUUACACAAUAUAGACGGGAGAAACACAAAAUGCUUAUUAAAUUAUACCAGGGAAUUCAGCCGAAUCCGUCAAAAUGGUACGCGUUCAAAAGGUUCGAUUUUAUGGAGGCUGGUGGCGGCAGCAGUUCAUCGAGCAGAUCGGGCACAAAUGGUCACACAUCAACGUCAACGGCUGCAAGUUUAAAUGGCCUUAACUCUUACGAAACCAUAACAGCAGCGGCGCAGCAGACAACAAGUGCAGCCGUUGCGGUGGCAGCGACGACUGCAAACGCCGCGCCGAGCACUUCUCAACAUCGGCGCAUGAAGAAAGAGAUGAAGUAUUUUGGUGCGAUGGGCAUAAGCCUACCGAUGCUGAUAGCCAGUAACACGGCAUUGGAUACAUGGAACACUGUUGGCCAAUAUUCACCGCCAAUCGAUAACGAUCGAAACCCGUUGCGAGUUCCUUUACCUAUGCCCUUUCCAAACUCGCAAAGUGAAAUGAAUGUGGCAAGCAGUGCAACUCGUAGCCUUUUCGGUGGAAGUAGUAACAGUGAUAUAACCGCCAGUCCUCAAAAGCCAAUGGAAUCCUCAGAUAUUGAAGACAAAGACGAGAUCUUAACAAAGCGUGAACGCUCAACACCGUCCAGUUUACACAACGUAAGUGGAAGCAGCGACGUCGGAGCUCAUGUCAGUUGCGUUGGUAAUACCACUAUAACUGAAAGAUGCAACAGUGAUAAUACCUGUGGUAUUAGCGGGCGUACCGGUGUAGAGGGAGCCAUCGCUGAACCCAUCGAUGGAGGUUCUAGUCCUAUAUCUAAUAUUAUUGAAUCACACGAAAAGCGGCGCCGUACUACGCGUGACCAUGAGGAGUUAGACAUAAAGCGAGAACUUGUAGAUUACUUUCACCCCCCUCAUCCUCCAGCUCCGCCCGAUUCCCAUCGUUCAUAUAGCUCUAUUGAUGAGAACCGAAUCGGAGGGGCUGACCCAGAUGAUUUUGCACAAGAUUUGCGCGUAAGUGCGGCAGCUGCCGCUGCGGCUAAAGGUAUAAACUUCAGCCAAUUUGUACUACCACGGAAUUUACGCCACUCAUCCGAGUCGAUAGAUGAGAAAUUUGCUCCACUAAAUAUGCGUAAACUGAGCUCAGUAUCGGCAACAGCCUCAACCGCAGGGCAAAUGCUUAUGAAUUCCUUACUAUCUAACGAAAGUUUAUCAGAAGAGACUGCCACAAGCACUAGUGGACGCAUCAAAAGCGCAUCCCAGGACGCUGCAUCCACAUCUGCGGCAGCUGCUGCAGCUGCUAUUUAUGCUGAAAGUCUGAAUAAAGAUGAUUGCGAUUUCAUUGGGUCGAAUGUUACACUAAAACUCCGAUCGAUGGACCGCACCCAAAGAAUCAUAGCCGAAAAGUUAAUAAGUGAAGUUCUUUUUUAUGGACAAUUCAACGAGCUUGAACGAAAUGCUCACAUCCAACCUAAGUGACAGCAGCUAACAAUGUUACGUAAGGGUUUCUAAAUAUAACGAAAACACAGAACAGAUUAUGUUUCCUAACAAAUUUAUACCAAAAAAAAAGAUUUUCACAAAAGGAACGUAUUGAAAAGAGAAGUAGUUCUUCUGUUUGGCUCUCCUCCUGGUAAUCGAAUAAUCUAUCAUAAUUCCCUGUUUGUUUAAAUGCAUGUAUUGUUUUUAUAAAAUCAUGGUAUUUAAGAAUUAACCCUUAUAAAAUUAUACAAAAAUCCUUGCAGUACAAAUUCAAAUAUAGAUACAUAAAUUAAUUUACUUGAA